GAAACUCCCCUCAAUAAAGCUCCACUCUUCUUUAGAGGAGUGUUUCUAACUCUGCUCCUUUUUUUCAAUAAAUAAAAACAUAAUAAUUACAUUUUCUUAUGUUAAAUGAUUAUAUUUCAGUAAUGUUAUAAUAUUAAUGAAUAUUUUUAUAACACUGUUGAUAUUAUAAUAACUGAUUUAUUCACAGGGAACAGCAUCUCUGGUGUUCAGCUGAAGCUCCUCCACGAUGGAGUCUCAUCUCUCCACAUCUGGAGGAGAACCCCCUGUCCCACAACUACAGACAUCCACAGCAGAACCUUCAGAACCAGGCAGUGUGUCUGUGCAGAGCAACAUGUCAAUGUCAAAUACUUAUAACUUCAGUAAAGAAGAAGAUCCUUCAGAGUCUAGCUGUGUGUCUAUAAAGAGUAACAAGUCACUGGUCAAUCCUUAUGACUUCAGUAAAAAAGAAGAUCCUCCAGAGUCUAGCUGUGUGUCUAUGAAGAGUAACAAGUCACUGGUCAAUCCUUAUGACUUCAGUAAAGAAGAAGAUCCUCCAGAGUCUAGCUGUGUGUCUAUGAAGAGUAACAAGUCACUGGUCAAUCCUUAUGACUUCAGUAAAGAAGAAGAUCCUCCAGAGUCUAGCUGUGUGUCUAUGAAGAGUAACAAGUCACUGGUCAAUCCUUAUGACUUCAGUAAAGAAGAAGAUCCUCCAGAGUCUAGCUGUGUGUCUAUGAAGAGUAACAAGUCACUGGUCAAUCCUUGUAACUUCAGAAAUAAAGAGCCCAGCUGUGUGUUUGUGAAGAGCGACAACGCAGUUUUUGAACCUCCUGACUUGAGUACUGGAGAACCUGGUAUUAAUCCAAGGGGGAGGAGUGGUCUGAUCCAGGAUCAGUACAGUUGUGGAGUGUGUGAGCAGGUUCUGACAGAUCCAGUCUCGAUCACCUGUGAACACAGUUUCUGCAGACGGUGUAUCAACAGCUUCUGGAACAGAACUGCUCUGUCAGGAGACUUUAUCUGUCCCUGUUGCAGAAAGAGAUCUAGAACACGUCCUGCUCUACAUCCACACAUAGAGGAGUCUAUAAAUCAGGAUUCCUACCAACCAGUGGAUGAUGUUCUGCAGAGAAUAUAACAGAAACACAAAACCAGCAUGAAGAACAAAUACGAGAGCUUAUAUGAAGUAAUCAAAACACCACAGAAUAGAACCCUCCUGAACAGGAUUUACACUCAGCUCUACAUCAUAGAGGGAGAGAGUGAAGGAGUGAAUGAAGAACAUGAGGUUCUACAGAUGGAGAGAAAAAAAGAAGAUACUUACAGAACACUCCAAUUAACUGCUCAGAUAUUUUUAAACCUGUAGAAGAUCCUGAAGAAAAAACUAAGGACAAGAACAUUAGAGCUGCAAUGGAUAGUGGCCUCAGAAAAAGCAAAAGUAUAGAAGAUAAAGAGAUCCGAACUGUUCUGACUAAAGGAAUUGCUGGAAUUGGGAAAACUGUCUCUGUGCAGAAGUUCAUUCUGGACUGGGCUGAAGGAAAGGCCAAUCAUGACGUAGAUUUCAUGUUUGUGCUUCGGUUCCGAGAGCUGAACCUGAUUAUCAGUUGAUCAGUACAGUCUUCAUACACUUCUGUGUGCCUUCCACCCUGAUCUCAAAGAUCUGGACCCUAAGAUCUAUGAUACAUGCAGAGUUGUGUUCAUCUUUGAUGGACUGGAUGAAAGUAGAAUUCCACUGAACUUUGAGGAGUGUGAGAAAGUAUCUGACAUAACCAUGACAUCAUCAUUUGCUGUGUUGAUUACAAACCUUCUCAAAGGAGAGCUGCUGCCCUCUGCUCACGUCUGGAUAACCUCCCGCCCAGCAGCAGCCAAUCAGAUUCCUUCUUGGUACAUCAGCCGUGUGACAGAAAUUCAGGGGUUUAAUGAGCCACAGAAGGAGGAGUACUUCAGGAAGAGGAUCAGUGACCAAGACCAAGCCCAGAAAAUCAUCUCCCACAUUAAGGCAGCGAGGAGCCUCCACAUCAUGUGCCACAUCCCCGUCUUCUGCUGGAUCUCAGCCACUAUGCUUCAGCGAAUCCUGAGACAGAGUGAUACAGAAAUCCCUAAAACUCAUAAAAAUGCUUAUAGUAAUCCAGAGGAAUUGCUGGAAUCCAACAGAACUGUGCUUCUGAAACUGGCUAAACUGGCUUUUAAUCAGCUCAUGAAGGGGAACGUGAUGUUCUAUGAAGAGGACCUGAGAGAGAGCGGUAUUGAUCUCACAGAGGCCUCAGUGUAUUCUGGGAUCUGCACUGAGAUCUUUAGGGAGGAAUGUGUGCUUUAUCAGAGGAAGGUCUACAGCUUUGUUCAUCUGAGCUUUCAGGAGUUUCUGGCUGCUCUCUAUGUGUUUCACUGCUACUUGAUCAAGAAAAUGAAGGAGCUGGAAGUUUUUAAUUAUAUGUCUGCAGGACACAAAACAUAUGGGGAAAAAAUGUAAUUUCUGGUUAAUUUUAUCCAUAAAUCUUAUUAGAAUAUUCAUGUGAAGCUUGUCUUCAUUGUUUGACCUGUACUAUGUUUCUUCUUAUUUUGCAGACUAGCAGACUGUAGUCUCACCAUAGUACACUGUGAAACUCUCUGCUCUGCUCUGAAAUCAGAAAACUCCUUCCUGAUAGAGCUGGACCUCAAAAAAAAACCUGCAGGAUUCAGGAGUGGAGCUGCUCUCAGCUGGACUGAAAGGUUUGCACUGUAAACUGCAGACACUCAGACUGCCAUUCUGUCAUCUUGGUGAAAAGACGUGUGAAACUUUGGGAUCAGUUGAAAAACUCCUCCCUGAAAGAUCUGGACCUCAGUAACAAUGAUCUGCAGGACUUAGGAGUGGAGCUGCUCUCUGCUGGACUAAAGAGUUCACACUGUAAACUGCAGAC